UUCGUGUUUAGGGGGUAAUCUCAGGUGUAUCUAUGUUGUCAUUAAUGUCCCAGAAAAAGCCAACGAAACGUGAACGCAAAUUUUCAUUUUCAUUCCAAUUUUGUCUCUCCAAAUCUAAACGCACCGUUCGCCAUCUUUCACUCAAGAUCAUGCCUUCUAUCACGUUCCUCAAAUCUCUUACCAUCAAUCCUUCCCGCCUAAAAACCUUCCUUUUGAUUCUCUCUCUUUUCCUCGUCCUCUACGUCUUCUUUUACCCCCACCCGCCGCCGCCGCCUCCUCCAAUCCCACGCGCCUCCGAUUCUCCCCUCACGCGCCGCCAUGUCCUCUUCGCCAUUGCUUCCUCGUCCAACUCCUUUCCUCGCCGCAAGCCUUACUUGCGCCUCUGGUACUCCCCUAACUCCACGCGCGCCUUCGCUUUCCUCGACCGCGCCGUUGACGGCGAUGACACUGUGCCUCCGGUGGUCGUCUCCGGCGACACUUCUAAGUUCCCUUACACGUUCCGUGGAGGUCUCCGAUCGGCGAUCCGCGUGGCGCGCGUGGUGAAGGAGGUCGUGGAUCGGGACGAGGAGGGUGUGAGGUGGUACGUGUUCGGCGACGACGACACCGUUUUCUUCGUCGAUAAUCUGGUCAAAACCCUAGCUAAGUACGACCAUGAUCGGUGGUUUUACAUUGGGGGCAAUUCGGAGAGUUACGAGCAGAAUUUGAAGUACUCGUUUGAUAUGGCAUUUGGCGGUGGAGGAUUCGCUAUCAGCCACUCGCUCGCGAGGGUUUUGGCUAGGGUUUUGGAUUCUUGCUUGCUAAGGUACUCGCACUUGUAUGGCAGCGAUGCUAGGGUUUUUUCGUGCCUGGCGGAGCUCGGUGUCGGUUUAACUCAUGAACCUGGCUUUCAUCAGGUUGAUAUGAGGGGGAGUUUGUUCGGGAUGCUGUCUUCACAUCCAUUGUCUCCUUUGGUGUCCCUUCAUCAUUUGGAUGCUUUGGAGCCAAUCUUUCCUGACAUUAACAAGACUCAAGCAAUCAAACAUCUUUUUGAAGCUGUGAAUGUUGAUCCUGCCAGGAUUUUGCAACAGACUGUCUGCUAUGACCGAUCAAAUUCAUUGACUGUUUCAGUUGCAUGGGGUUAUGCUAUCCAGGUGUUCAAUGGUAAUGAAUUUCUCCCGGAUCUCCUUUCACUGCAGAGAACUUUUGUACCAUGGAGGAGGAGUGUCACGGUAGAUGCAAGUCGUUAUAUGUUUAACACGAGAGAGUAUCCUAAAGAUCCAUGUAAAAGACCCGUUACCUUCUUUCUGGAAAGUAUUGUACCUGAUAAAAGUGGUGUCUGGAGCUACUAUACCAGGCACUUGGUUAAAGAGUGUGUCACACCUAAUGCAAUAAAGAAUUUGAAAGGCAUCAGAGUGUUCUCUAAGAAGCUUGAGCUUGAUAUUGAACAGAUGAAGUCUCCACGACGACAGUGCUGUGGCAUUUUGCCCUCUUUUAAUGAAUCAAUGGUCAUUGACAUUAGACAAUGUGGAGUUGAUGAACUAAUUUCCAUGCACAUCUAGCAUUCUUUGGGAAGAGAAGAGUUUGGAGUACACACAAAGCUCACAAAGUUUUGUAGCAGUUCUGCUAUAUAAUUAUCUGCAAUGCAAACUGCAAGAAGUAUUAGGUUAUUUCUAGAGUUACUCCAGAAGUAUGCUGUUAAGUGAGAUUUCCUCAAUGUUUUUUAACAGACAUAGUUCCUUCUCUUCUUUUAAGGACUGAAAAAAAAAGGAGUCAUGCCUUCAAAUGGUUGGGGAUCUACAGGAUCAAGGCGUGGAGCAGCUAGAUGUCUUGAUCAUUUGAAAUUAUUGGAGUUUGUGGUUGAAGGAAAAAGCAGAGCAAAGGUCAUCUGCCAGCUUAGGCUCUUGUUGUGCAAGAAUCAGGCUAUUUCCUUUAGCUCCCGAUUGUCUUAUUAUUUAAAUUUGAGAAAUUUUGAUAAACAGAGACUUGAAGAAGAAUUUUAAUCACAUGCUAAAGAGGAAGAUGACACAAGUAACUACCAUGAAGAUAAUACUGCAUUGUUAUGUAUUCAUUUGGUGGAAUAUAUUACAUUAAGAAACAUCUGAUCAUGUAAUUAGAGUGUAUAAUUUUUUAUUUAUUUAAAAUUUAUCUUUUCUCAAAAAAUAUUUCUCAUUAAUGAGAUUGUAAUAAGUAUAUAAGCAUUUAGAACA